CGCUACGACGUUCAUUGCUGACUGCUUGCUCUUAGUGACAAGUCUUUGAUUACUCUCUGGUUAAUUACAAUUAUGGCUCUUCUACCUGCUUUCGAUAUGGACACGAUUUUGGAGCCCUGGGCUGACCCGUUCUCAGCUGGCGGCUUCAACAUCGUCCCGCGGUCAAUGAGGAGAUCGAUGCGUCACAUGGAUCGAGAACUUGGAAAACUCUUGUCCAGCGUCAAGGAAGACGACAAAUCGUUUCAGGUGAUGGUGGAUGUUUCGCAUUUCCAACCGAACGAGAUCUCUGUGAAGACGACGGACACGGAUAUCAUCGUUAAUGCCAAGCAUGAAGAACGCAAGGAUCAAUUUGGAAGUGUUACUCGGGAAUUCCGUCGUCGAGUUACGAUCCCUAAAGGAGUGAAUCACGAGUCGGUGACGUCCACCAUGUCGCCGGAAGGAAUUUUGACCAUCAUGGCUCCCAAAAUGAUGUUGAAAGGUUCGAAUGAGCGUGUUAUUCCCAUCACGAUGGCCCCUUCAGCUGGAUCAAGUAAUGUCCCCACUCCCAAUCCAGGGAACUAAGCUGAAUCUAAUGUGUUACCUUUAAUUAAGAAGAAAUAUUUCAUUUCACUUUCUUAAUCCUAUGUGAAAUGUGUUAAUGAUGACUCGAAUAUGUUGAAUUAUUCAUGUUUCAAAUACA